AUGUUUGAGACCAUCAUGGGCAUUGUCAUUGCCUUCAAUAUUGGAGUGAUGGUCGUCGAAACGAACAUGGAUGCUUCUUGCCAACAAGGACAGCAAGACAUCCGAAACUGCGCAGAAGGCAGUUUCAACGUGCAGUGGUUGCAAAUCCUGAACAUCGUCUUGCUUGUCGUCUACUCAGUGGAGUGUGCCGCACGUGCGUAUGUGGAGCGAAGCAUGUACAUCUGGAACCGGUGGAAUCAAAUCGAUCUGCUGACUGUCCUCCUCGGGUGGGGAGGCAUGUUGCUGGCCUCCGCGGUGAAUUUGAACGUUCUCAGGCUUUUCCGCGUGGUGCGCCUGAUGCGGGCAGCUAGGGUGGUGAUCUCCGUCCCGGAGUUCUACAUCCUGGUGAGUGGGCUCAGUCACUCCUUAAAAGCGAUCGUGUUCGGAUCUGUGAUGCUCUUGGCCGUCAUUCUGGUUUGGGCCGCAGCCUCAGCCAGACUGCAGACGCAGCCUUCAAAAUAA